GCCCUGCGAGAUAAUCGCCAAAAUCCUGCGCAACAUCGACUCUCCUAACGUGCCGCCAUUUCUACACCUUAUUCAAGGAAUAUCAUGGAUCUAAAUCUCGAUUCUUCGCCAUCAAAUUACCCCGGCCCUCCUUCCACACGCAGUCGCCGUGGUGGAAGCGUAGCGUCUGCCUUGGCGCAGGGUUCUCACAAGCUCGUUCCGGUUUUCCUUGGCAAGCUCAACGAGCGGCCGGCGCGUCUGGUGGACCGGCUGCCAACUUUCCCAACGGCCUUGAUUUGGAAAAUACACCGCACCCAUGACGUGAUUCACGCCUUCGCAACCGACUUUGCGACGCGCGCCUUGGAUUGCGUUGCAGAUGGAGCUGCCUCAGCUGGUCCAUCCACAGAAGUAGCGCUAUCGCCUCUCAAAUACUUUCGCUUCUGCCGGGCAUUCUACAGGGUCGAAUCAUUCUACACGCUUUUCCAGUACGGUUUGUUUGGAAACAACAUGGACAACUGGUUUUUUUUCGAGACGUCCGUUUUGGGAAAACGAACAAAUCGGCUGUGUAUACGAGUACUUGCCAGCAAGGCUCGCCGAAGCUUCUCACGAUGUCGUCACCCAUGAUGUUUUCUUCGGGGGAAUCUCGAUCUACUAUCUUACGCCUGGGGAGGACGACCGAUAUCACACUUGGCUGUCUCAAGGUGUCGAGUUUGUUUACAACCUGAUAGUUGCCGACUCUUACGAU